AACAAUCAUUCGACUAUCAUGGUAUCACAGAGGUUCGUUCCGAACCAUCGCUUCCGCCUUUCCUAACCACGCUAUCUCGCUGCCAUGGCCGACGACGAAGUCGCAGCUGCUGCUGCUCGCCGUGCUUUGGAGCAGCGCGUCGCCGCCUUUACUGCUGAAGAACGCCGCGAGGCUGCUCGCCAAGAAGCUGCGCACCUGGAGGCUGCGCGCAUCGAGGCCGAGCGUCGCGAAGCCGCGCGCUUGGAGCAGGAACGCCGCGACGCCGAUGCCCAUGCCCUGGUCAUCGCCGGUGAGGUCGCUGCGGCUACUGCCGCUCUUCAUGCUCAAGCAGCAGUGAUCCUCAACGUCAAGUCUCUCGUUCCCAUCGUCCUCGACUUCACGUCACCCCACUACAAUCGAUGGCGUGGCCUCUUCCUCAACACUCUCGAGCGCUAUGCGCUUGUCGAUCAUGUGCUUUCCGACGACGACCGCUCCGCCGACGCCAUGUGGAAACGCAUGGACUGCACUGUCUUGUCCUGGCUCUACGGCACCAUCAAUCCCGAGCUCCUCGAGGUUGUCAUGAACCGGGACGAUGGCCCUCCCACUGCUCGUCGCGUGUGGCUCGGUCUCGAGCAGCAGUUCAUUGGGAACAAGGAGAGUCGCGCUCUUCUCCUCGACGCCGAGUUCCGCACCUUCGUCCAAGGCGGUCUGUCCAUCUCCGACUACUGCCACCGGCUCAAGUCCAUGGCUGACCAGCUUGCAGAUCUCGGCGAACCCGUUCGCGACCGUACGUUGGUGCUCAACGUCAUUCGGGGCCUCAACGACAGGUUCUCCUACCUCGGCGCGCUGAUCCAGCGUCAACGUCCGUUCCCGACGUUCGCCGAAGUCAAGUCUGAUCUUCGCCUCGCCGAAAUCAACAUGGCUGCCAAGUCUGCCCAGCCGCCUCAGGCCUUCGCUGCCUCGGCCCCUCCUUCUCAGCACAACAGCGGCGGACCCGGCGGCGGUGGACGCAAGCAGACAAGGCGUGGCAGCGGCGGCAAGAAAACCUCUGGAGGUCGCGGUCCUGGUUCCAUGCCCCCUACCGCGACUUGGGCUGGCCAGCCGCCACGGCCCACACCCUGGCAACAUGCAUUUGGCACUUUCCAGGCGUAUUGGGCCGGCCUGCCAGGACCACCAGGCGUCCCGCCGCGCCCCCCUGGCCCACCUCCGCAGACUUUCUACGCCGGCCCAUCCGUGCUACCUGGGCCGCCUCCGACGGCUGCUUCAACAGGCCUCCUGGCGUCCCCGCCUGGGCCAUCCCAGCCGGCUCCACCUGGCUUCAUCGGCGCCAACCCGCCACCACCAGGAUGGCUGCAACAUCCUGGCGCCUUCUCCUGGGACGCCAACAUGUUGGCUGCAAAUUUCAACACGAUGACGCUUCAGCCACCGCCAACAAAUGAAUGGUAUAUGGAUACAGGCGCUGAAACUCACAUGACAUCCAACUCCGGACCUCAAAACCCGGAACGUGAUCGUCAGGUGCAAUAGUUCCGGUCCGCUAUACCCGCUUCUAUCAUCGGUUUUUCAGCCCUUAGCACUCACUGCCGGCGUCUCUUCAUCCACUCUUUGGCAUCGGCGUCUUGGACAUCUCGGUCAUGAGGCCUUGUCUAGUCUCGUGUCAUCAUGUGCUAUUUCUUGCAAUAAGAGUAAUUCCGAACACUUGUGUCAUGCUUGUCAAUUAGGUCGUCAUGUACGUCUCCCCUUUCCCACCUCCAGUUCGCGAGCAAUCAAUAAUUUUGAUUUAAUCCAUUGUGAUCUUUGGACAUCCCCUGUUCCUAGUAUUUCUGGCUACAAAUAUUAUUUAGUCAUUCUUGA